CACAGCAAAGCUAUGCGUCGCUCGAAUGACGAAGGUGGCGCGCCCUCGCUUGUGUUGUGUCUGGAAGAAAUGGAAACUGGCAAUGCACGAAUUUGAUCAUUCAGAGAUCCGAACAGUUGAGUCUGUGAAUGGCGCCAAAACAAGACCCUAAACCUAAAUUUCAAGAAGGUGAAAGAGUUCUGUGUUUUCAUGGGCCAUUGCUGUACGAAGCAAAGUGUGUGAAAAUCAAUAUCAAGGACAAGCAGAUAAAGUAUUUCAUUCAUUAUAGCGGAUGGAAUAAAAACUGGGAUGAAUGGGUUCCUGAAAGCAGAGUGCUCAAAUAUGUGGACAGCAACCUUGCGAAACAAAAAGAGCUUCAAAAGGCCAACCAAAAUGCCGAUGAUGACUCGAAGAUGGGAGAACAUAAAAAGGAUCAUUAUGUUGAAGGAAAGAUGAGGGGUGUAGCACCGAGCAAGAAGAUACCAGCUGUGCAGCAAAAACAUGUUGAUCUGAAAGCGAAGAAAACGAAACCGAAGACACCAGGGGCUGGUGAAGGCACCAGCACUGGAGAAAUGCCGCAACCACCACGAAAGAAAAGGGCACGCGUCGACCCUACAGUGGAAAGUGAGGAGACUUUCACCAAUCGUGUGGAGGUAAAGGUGAAGAUCCCAGAGGAACUGAAGCCCUGGCUGGUAGAUGAUUGGGACCUCAUCACCAGGCAGAAACAGCUCUUUCACCUGCCCGCUAAAAAGAACGUAGAAACGGUCUUGGAGGACUAUGCAAAUUAUAAAAAAUCGAGAGGAACGUCAGACAACAAGGAGUAUGCGGUGAAUGAGGUGGUGGCAGGGAUCAGAGAGUACUUCAAUGUCAUGCUGGGCACUCAGCUACUGUACAAGUUUGAAAGGCCCCAGUAUGCCGAAAUACUGGCCAACCAUCCUGAUGCCCCCAUGUCCCAGGUGUAUGGAGCCCCGCACCUGCUCCGACUUUUUGUGCGUAUUGGAGCUAUGCUGGCUUACACACCUCUAGAUGAGAAGAGUCUGGCUCUGCUUCUCAACUACCUGCAGGACUUUCUCAAGUAUCUUGUGAAGAACUCGUCAACUCUCUUUAGUUCCAGCGACUAUGAGGUGGCACCCCCAGAAUACCACCGCAAGGCCGUCUAAAAGCUUUGAAAGGAUGUUCCUCCACUUACGAAACUGCUGCCUCCCAGGCCACUUGUACAAUAACUAUUUUUAUGUUUUUGAGUGGAAAGUUGGACUACAUUUUUCACUUGAAUUUCUUCCCAGAGGUCCCAAGAGUUAGUUUUGGCUUUGAAAGGUGACCCUGUGAAAAACAAGUUAAGGCUGGAGUUGCUGUCAGCCAUUCCUUUUUUUGUCCUGUCAUUACGAAACAAACAGGAUGGGCAUGUUUUCUCAAGCAGCUUUUUGAUGUUAAUGUGCAUUCCAUUGAAUCAGUCUCAUUUAUUGCUUGCAAGAAUCUAAAACUCAUAUUUUGUUUUUUUUUCAGUUUGGGUCCAGUAUUUGUCAGAAAAACAAUGCUCAUGCAUGAAAUCUUUAGUGGAUAUGUUAUUCUGUGUUUGUUUGCCAUCAUUUUGUAAUAAAGACAUUUCUACACUAUUUCACCAAUGGAAAAUAA